AAACAAAAAAAAGUCUUGUCACCCACCCAAGAAACGCAGCUCUCUCUCUCUCUAUAUGUCCGGUUCCGGCCAAAGCUAAUUAACUCUGAUCUUCACUUUGUCUUGUAUAGCAUGUGAGAUCACCUCCUUUCUGUCUUUUUUUUUUUUGUUCUUUCCCUUCUCCAUGUUUCUGUUUUGGUGCAACUUUACUUCUUCACCUCCUUUAUUAAAUACACCCAAGAAACUAAAUUCUAUUUUCACAUCCAAUUCCUCUAGUUAUGUCUCAGCUCUUUUAGUCUGAAACCCAGCUUAAAUCAUGAUUUCUUUUCAGUUCCAGAGGAGUUAAAGUUUACACUUUUUAGGGUUUCUGAGAUUUAUAUUUCUUAGUUGUUCUUGCUUUAGGGUUUUGGAAUUUUUUGCUCUUUUUUUUUGGGUAUUUUAAGAGAGUAUGGAGGAGUAUAAUCAAAUGAAUGAAAACACAACUCAAAGGGGAAAUUUCCUGUAUAAUUCAUCAGUUCUUGGACCUAAUUCUUCAUCUUCUCCUUAUGGAAGAACAAGCAGUGGGUCUACUACUGUGAGCAAUCAACAGAGCCACAUGAUGACUUUAAGCCCUUUUCAUCAUCUUCCAUCAACCGAUCAAUGUCUUCAAUCUGAUCAAGCAAAUCAUAUAGUGAAAACAGAAGCUACCACUUCACAGCAUGCUCCUAAAUUUCAUUAUCCCAAUUUAUUUAGAGGACAAUUCCAAUUACUUAACCAACAACAGCAACACCAACAUGGGAUUAAUGAAAGCUCUUGUAGUGAAGCUGAAGCUAUCAAAGCCAAGAUCAUCGCUCAUCCUCAGUACUCUAACCUUUUGGAAGCUUACAUGGAUUGCCAAAAGGUGGGAGCUCCGCCUGAAAUAGCAGCUCGACUAGCUGCUGCUCAUCAGGAGUUUGAAUCAAAACGUCGAUCUUCAGUCAAUUCUAGGGAUAAUUCGAAAGACCCAGAACUGGAUCAGUUCAUGGAGGCAUACUGUGACAUGCUGAUGAAAUACCGGGAGGAGCUAACGAGGCCCAUUCAAGAAGCUAUGGAUUUCAUGCGAAGAAUCGAAACACAGCUGAAUAUGAUCUGCGAUGGUCCCUUGCGGAUCUUUAAUUCUGAUGACAAGUCUGAGGGAGUUGGGUCAUCUGAGGAAGAACAAGAGAAUAGUGCAGGGGAAACUGAGCUACCGGAGAUUGAUCCGCGGGCAGAGGACCGGGAACUAAAGAACCACUUGCUAAGAAAAUACAGUGGUUACUUAAGCAGUCUUAAGCAAGAACUUUCUAAGAAGAAGAAGAAAGGAAAACUGCCCAAAGAAGCAAGGCAGAAACUCCUUAGCUGGUGGGAGUUGCACUACAAAUGGCCAUAUCCUUCGGAGACGGAGAAGGUGGCAUUGGCAGAAUCAACUGGCUUGGACCAGAAACAAAUAAAUAACUGGUUCAUAAAUCAAAGGAAGAGGCAUUGGAAACCAUCUGAAGAUAUGCAGUUCAUGGUUAUGGAUGGUCUGCAUCCACAGAAUGCAGCUCUCUAUAUGGAUGGUCACUACCUGGGCGAUGGUCCGUAUCGUCUAGGACCAUGAUGAACAGCAGCGGCAAACCCCCGACGACGAUCAGUCUGUUGCGAUGUUAGUUUAAUUUAGUUUCAUUUCUCAAGACCAAGUGCAUGAAAAAUAUAUAUUAUUCAGGCCAUGUUAUAUUUUGAAUUGAGAAAAUGUAGGUAAUGUCUGAAAAUGAUAUAAUCUUAUGUUCUCUUAAUUAUGAGAAAUGCCAUCUCUAUAAUGUUGUGUAUCAUUUGCUGCUAUGUCCUUGUGAUGAUUAUUCUUUUUUCAGUAUGUAUGUAAAGAGGAAAAAUUGGCUCA